AUGUUUUAGUCUUCUCUAAUGAAAUAGAAAUUAAUUGAAAGUUAUAAGAAAUAAAUGGAUGAUAUAACUUGUAUUUUAGAUUGUGGAAAUAUUGGAUCAUUAUAUUUAGGAAAUAUUGAGAGUGCAUGUAUUAAUUACAUUUAUUUAAAGGUGACUUUGAAUUAUUGAAAAAAUUAAAAAUUAAGUCUAUAAUCACUAUAUGCACAUCUAAAAUUCCAAUUUAAAUUAGUUAAUCUAUGAGAUAUUAUUAACAUAUAAUUUUAGAUGAUAAUGAGAAUGCUAAUAUAUCUAGACAUUUUGAAAUUUGUUUUGAUUUCAUUGAAAAAGGUAGAUCAGUAGGUAAUGUACUUGUUCAUUGUAUGGCUGGAAUAUCUAGAAGUGCUACAAUUGUGGCUGCUUAUUUAAUGAAAAAACAUAGUAUUAGUUCAAAAGAAGCCUUAUAAUAAUUAUAGCGAAAACGUUGGUAAGUCUAUCCUAAUGAAGGAUUUAUUAAAUAAUUAUUAUAAUACAAUGAAGAAUUAAUAGUCUAAUAAAAGGAUCUAAAAAAUGAAGGAGUAAGCAAAAAUAAAUAGGAGAUAAAUAUAGAAUAAAUAAGGAAUCCUAUAAUUUUUAAUAAUUCUAAUCAAAAAAACAGUCAUUAAAUUGAAAAAAAAUAGUAAUCUGAUGAAUACUAAAAAAUAAGGAAAAAAUAUAUUGAUACAAAAAACUAAUAAUAAUAAAAGAAAUUGAUGGAUUAUUAAACAUUAUAAGAGAGAAGAAUGAGUUAUCACAAAAAAGAUAACCAUGAUAUAGAAGAUUAAAAUAAUUUAUUUUAAUAAACAUCAAAAAUUUAAAGAAUUAAAAGUUCAUACUAAUAAACAAAUACAAUAGAUAAGAAUUCUAUUAAAAAUGAAUGUAAAUUUUGAGUUAAUUAGAAAGGUAAUUAUGUAAGCAUUCAAAAACAUUAGUCACGUCCAGGUUUAUAAAUUGAAACUAAUUUUAAUGGUUCCUAAAAAUAUUUUGAAAAUAGAAUUUAUCCUAGUACAACUAGAAAUAUAAAAGUUCAGUAUUAGUAUAAUAUAAGUAAAAUUGAUAGUUGA